GUGGAAUUACAUCUAGUUAAGUUAGUUUGGCUCGCAGGCAGUGACUAAACAGCCAAGCUUUUGUCCUCCUUCAGUCGAGUCGUUCACAACUUGUCUUGCUCAGAACAGAGCAAUGCCGGCCGCGAGAAAGGACCCAAAUAAGCCCAGAGGAAAGACCUCCUCCUAUGCUUUCUUUGUUGCAACAUGCCGCGAAGAGCACAAAAAGAAGCACCCUGGAACCAGCGUAGGCUUUGCAGAGUUUUCCAAGAAAUGCUCUGAGAGAUGGAAGACCAUGUCAGCCAAGGAGAAGGUCAAGUUUGAGGAUUUGGCUAAGAAUGACAAGGUUAGGUAUGAGCGAGAGAUGAAGACAUACAUCCCUCCAAAAGGUGCACCUGGCGCUGGAAAAAAGAAAAAGGACCCCAACGCACCAAAAAGACCACCUUCCGCUUUCUUCGUGUUCUGCUCAGAUCACCGUGGCAAAAUCAAGGAAGAGCAUCCUGGUAUCACUAUCGGUGACAUCGCCAAGAAGCUUGGAGAGUUGUGGGGCACACAGACUCCCAAAGACAAGAUUCCUUUUGAGGCAAGGGCUGCCAAACUGAAGGAGAAAUAUGAGAAGGUAACUUCCCGUUGUCCUGUAUUUCUUUAUUUUUAUACAUUAAAUUCUAUUGCCAGGUAAAAAAUA